AUGAUGGAUUUCAUCCCUGAUUCGGAGAUCAGCGCGCUGGCAACGCACAAGUUCCAGUCAGCAGGUUCCACGUGGCUAGACGAGAAGAUGGACCCAUUCUGGUGCGCUGUCGCGCAGAGGAUCCCUCGAUACAUUUCGCCGAACCUGAUAUCUGUCCUGGGUGGGUUCUGCUGUGCGCUCGCUGCAGUGUUCACAGUUGUGGCCAACCACGUCCGGUGGAUCCCCUUGUACUUCGUAGGGCCUUUCCUGAUCUUCAUAUAUAUGACCUGUGACGCAGUGGAUGGAAAGCACGCCCGGCGAACGAAGCAGAGCACCCCGCUGGGCGCCGUGGUGGACCACGGCAUCGACGCGUUUUGCGCCUUUACCACAGGGAUCGCCGUGGUGGUCACGGCUGAUCCUGAGCUGGCGGAUCCUCGGCUCAUGCUGGCUUUCUGCCUCUUUCAUGGGGCCUGGUUCUGUGCGCAGUGGGGCGAGCUGGUCCUUGGCUCCUUAGACCAACGAGGCAUAACGGAAGGAGAGUUUGCCUCGAUGACCGUCAUCGCACUGCCUGGGAUCUUUGGCCCAGAUGCCGCGAAGUCCCAUCUCCCCAGCUGGCUCCCUUUUUUUGGCGGUCGGCCUGUCCUGGACCCUGUGACCAUGGGCGUCAUCCUCGGCUGCGGUGGCGUUUGCGUGUCUUUUGCACUGCGGAUCUUUUGCAAAGUGCAAGGCACCGCUGACCGUCUCAGAACGAUCUUCCCCCUCGCCCAUCUGGCUCUCCACACGACUGCGGCCAUGCAGCUGGCAGCAUCUCCGCUUAGACCGGCCUGGCCGCUGCUGACCUUCACCGUGGUUGGGAUGCAUGCCGCGCUGCUGAUGACAAAGAUGCGGUUCAUGGCCACAUUUCGCGUGCCCUGGCCGGCGCUGCACGCUGAGAUGCUGCCCUUCCUGGCAGGGACCGGCUGGGAGGCUCUCGGCUUUACAUUGGGAGCCGGGGGUUGGCUCCUGGUCUCCCUUGUUGAGAUUGCCUUGCUCCUGGCCAUGUGGGCUCGGCUCCUGCGGCGCAUCUGCAGCCGGCUCGAGGUGCCUUUUCUGGCGGAGGUCCCUCUAAAGGAAGGCUAG